GGGCAUGACAAUUACAUGUAUUUGGUGGCUAAGGAAAAUGGAACGACUUUGCCUCCAACUGCAUUGUUCAUCAUCCAAUACCACUCUUUUUAUCCAUUACACAAGUCAGGAGCAUACACACAUUUGAUGAAUGCGGAUGAUGUUGAGAAUUUGAAGUGGCUGAAAAUUUUCAACAAAUAUGACUUUUAUAGUAAGAGCAAAGUGCGCAUUGAUGUCGAGAAGGUCAAGCCAUACUGUCUUUCUCUUAUUGAGAAGUAUUUCCCAGCCAAGCUGAGAUGGUCAACAUUCCAAAUUGAAGACAUUGAUUUGAGAAAUCACAGAUUUUAUUUUAUUUUUCUUUUUGUGAUUGAUUCAUGCACUUGUAUAAAACACAACGGAGAUUUGGGGGUUCUUUGUAAAUCCUCUGAUGUGUUCUAA